AUGUCACGCCUAUCGUCCCUGUUGAUUCUUGUCUGCAUCGGAGCACUUCUCGUUGAGACAUUCGCCGCUCCUGACGAGCCAAUCAUCGUCCGCUCGAAGCGUCAGCAAUGUCGUUGUGUCAAGAAUCCAAACGGUGGACUCACGUGCAGUUGCGCCAAGGGACCAGCUAACGGAUCUUCCUCCUCCUCAUCCGUCGGAAACGGAGUCCAGUACGAUGUUCCUCAAUCAACCGAAAUCGCCCAACAGUUGACCCAAAUGACUCAACAAUCGCCUGGAAUGGGAGCAGCGCGUUGCGGAUGCAUCCAGAUUGUGAUUCAAGGAGCACCACAAUACAACUGCCAGUGUGGAGAUCAGAAUGGAAAUCCACUCCCAACCUCCACCACAAUGGCUCCAACCACAACCUCCACCUCCACCACAACCACCACAACCACAACCACACCAGCCCCAACCACAACAUCAACCACCACCACUCAGGCGCCAGUUUCCUAUCCUCAAGUGCCAACUCAAACUCAGGGAAAUAACGGUGCUUGCAACUGCAUCAUGAUCAGUAUCACCAGUCCACAAACCGCUCAAUAUCAGUGCCAGUGUGCUCAGCCACAACAGCAACAGCAAUUCAUCGUGGACUACGAAGACCCGACAGAAGAAUACGGAUCACAAACCGCCAUUCCUGGAACUCUACCAGCACCAGCAACCACAACUCCACUUCCACAAACCACGCAGCCAACAACCACCACCACACCAUCCACAACUACUCCAUCAUAUCCACAAUUGAAUCCAUCAAUGUACACACAAUCCCCACCUACCGUAUACCCGGCCAUCGGACAACUGGCCACUGGACAAGAGACAUGUUAUUGUCUUGAUCCAACGACCAGCAUCAUGUCCGGUUGUGGGUGUCGGUGUAAUUGUGCCACGUUGAUGGUUACUGUACCGAAUGCGUACUGUGGAUGUCCACAACCAGGACAGGUCCAAUACGCGGAUACCUACGACUACACUCAGGCGUACACUCAACCACCAACGACCACCACAACCGCCCCAACCACCACGACACAAGCUCCAACCACGCAACCACCAACUACCACGAGUCCCAUCCAGUAUGCUGAUCAAACUGCCACCCAAUACCCACUGACAACCACCUGUGUCAUGUAUGUCAAUGUGCCAACGACCGCAUGCUCCUGCCUUCCACAGUACGACCAGUGUGCACAAAAUGUGUGCUGUUUGAAAGCCAAGUACAGAAGUUACAAGAAAGCCGAAGAAACCCAACCAUCGACCCUCGACGUGCUCAUGAACGUUCUCCAAACCAUCAAGACAAAACUUGAAUAA